ACCUUACUUACAGUCAACUCCCCACAUGUAAGCAACAGAGCAUCUUCUCAAACAAUUUAGAAUACCUACCUAUCUAUCUGCCUACCGCGUUGUACUCUGCUUUGUUUCAAUCUCUCUCUACAUACCCUGUUGCAUGCUCCUUCUCUCAUACCAACUAAAAUACAAUGACUUUCUCAUCUGAGAUUCACACUUUCCACUCAGGUCGGCCACAGCCCGAGUCCUCCUCAAAAACCAGCACCUUUGUAUCCGUCGAUCCAAGCAAUGCAAAGCCGCUUGCUACUAUCUACACUACCACGCCAGAACAGCUCAAUGAGACCAUUGCAGCGGCCCAGGCCGCUUUUCCAACAUGGUCACAAACACCAGCACCUCGCCGAGCUGCCAUUCUUCUGAAGGCAGCCGCUAUACUUCGCGAGCGCAACGACGAAAUUGCGCUGACCGAGACACUUGAUACUGGCAAGCCUUGGUCGGAAACCUCAACCGUUGACGUUGCAACUGGAGCCGACGUUCUCGAGUAUUACGCACAUAUCGCUGCUGGCAGCUUCCCUGGUCAAAAUACUCGUCUUCGUGCUGACGCUUUCGUUCUCACUACCCAUGAGCCUUUGGGUGUUUGUGCCGGUAUUGGUGCAUGGAACUAUCCUAUCCAGAUUGCUCUCUGGAAGUCAGCUCCAUGCUUGGCUGCUGGCAACUGUAUGGUGUACAAGCCUAGUGAAGUCACUCCUCUGCAUGCCCAGACCCUCGCUCAGAUCUACAUUGAGGCCGGUGUCCCCCCUGGUGUCUUCAAUGUUGUCUACGGUGACGGUAUCGCUGUUGGAGCCCCUCUUGUCGCCCAUAGCAGUAUCGCCAAAGUCAGCUUCACUGGUCAAGUCAGCACAGGCAGCAAAGUUGCCAGCCAAGCUGUCAAGGAUAUGAAGGGUGUCACCAUGGAACUGGGUGGCAAGAGCCCACUUGUUAUUCUCCCUGAUGCCGAUGUCGAGGAAGCAGCCGACACUGCCAUGGUAGCCAACUUCUUUUCCACUGGACAGGUGUGUACCAACGGUACACGUGUCUUUGUCCCCGACACUCUCUUGAGCCAGGUUGAGCAAGCUAUUGUGCAGCGUUGUCGAGAGGGAAUUCGCAUGGGUCUGCCUCAGAACGGCGAGACCAACUUUGGACCCAUGGUCAGCGCCGCACAGCAAGAGAAAGUCAAGAUGUACAUCCAACACGGACGUACAGUGGAUAAGGCGAAGGUUCUUUUCGAUGGCUCCGAGGAGCCCAACAUGGCACAGCCAACCCCUGAUGGUUUCUGGGUUCACCCUGUUGUCUUCACAAACUGCACAGACAAUAUGCGCGUUGUCAGGGAAGAGAUCUUCGGUCCAGUCAUGUGCAUCAUGCCAUAUAAGACCCAAGAACGUCCUCAUCAACAAUGGGUAUCUGAGCUCAUUGCCCGAGCGAACGAUACCCCCAUGGGACUUGCUGCUGGUGUUGUGUCAUCCGAUGUGGGACUGGCACAUGAGGUUGUGCAGAAGCUCGAUGCUGGAAUUACUUGGAUCAACACAUGGGGCGAGUCACCUGCUGAAAUGCCUGUAGGCGGCUGGAAGAUGAGCGGAAUAGGAUUGGAAAACGGCCAUGAGGGCAUAGCUGCAUAUAUGAGGACGAAGAGCACAUUAGUACAGCUUGGUAAGGGUGCUUGUAAGGGUGUAUUUUCUAAGUUAUAGGGUAAUAACCUCAGUUUAAACUACUGCUUUUGUACUAAUUUUACUUUAUUUAUUCUUAUAUAUAAGGUUAAUUAGUUAUAUGCCCUAUUAUAUAUAUUUUAAUUAAUUAAGCUAAUUAUAACUUUAA